CAGAAAUGGCGGUACAAUUUUCAGUUUGUUUGGGGUAACAAACUAAGAUACUAAAAAUUACUCCCUCCGCCUUCACGUUAUUAUCAUUUAGGGGUUCAUUCACCAGCUUGAAURACAUUCCUUUCCUUUUGAAAGCUCAAUUUGUUUCUUGGACAUGGAUUUUACAGACAUUCGCGAAGAUGAGCUAGUUUCAAGCCUYGGUGUGGAUUUUGAACAUGGUCGAAGGCACAUGGGACCUAGACCUGGUUUUCGCCCUGGAUUUGGUCCUCGACCACACCAUGGACCCAUGGGACCAGGACACCCUCAUGACUUUCCUAUGCGUGGACCAAGAGGUCCAGAACCCUUUUAUGGGCCCCCUUUAGGAGGUCCAAGAGGACCRAAUCAAGGUCCCAUGAUGAGAGGAGGACCAAUGUUGGGAAUGAGAGGUCCCCAUCCACAGCAUGGAAUGCAUAGACCAAGAAUGCCUGGGCAUGGUGGAAGGCCUGACUCRCAAAGAGGUGGRAGAAAGAGACCAUUUCCUGGACAACAAGGUCAAAAGACAACAMCAGAUAAACAAAAGAAGAAUGUCAAAACAACUACUCYUAACGACAAAAAGGAACAGCCAUCUUCAGAUAAUGCUCAAAACAAGACUGAAGGUGAUACUUCAAAGCCAAAAGACUCAGAACAUCCAGAAAGUGACACUGAUGUGGAUAAACUAUUGAAAAGUGACGAUGAAGGAGAAGGGGAAGCACAGGCUGACCUUGAUGCUGUCAGUAUCCAUGGUGAUGAAGAUAUUGAUGAAAUUGACAAAGAAAUAAAAACAACAACAACUUCAGAGAAAGAUAAAACCAGUACAUCUGAAUCAACAACCAAAGCAGGUGAAAAUACUGGACAGAAAUCCAAACGUGAAAGAUUCCCUAGUGAAAGACCACGCGAGGGAAGAAAGCCAGACCAAGGCAAACAAGGCUUUGACAGGAAAAACGAUAACAGAAACAGAAGAGAUUUUGGUAGAGGCAGGGGACGUGGUAGAGGUGGCUUUGAUCAUCCCCCACGUUUUGAUGGACCRCCACCCAUGCGCAUGGAACCCCCAAUGCAAGGUGGACCUAUGAUGCGUCCUGGUAUGCAUGGACCAAUGUUUAAUCCUAACAUGCCACCAAGAAUGCAUCCUCCUGGUGACAUGCACCCUGGGCCUGCACCAUUCCCAGCAGGACCAAUGCCUGGGCCCCCUGGACAAAUGAGGCCUCCUGGUAAAAACAUCCACAUUAAUCCUCAUUUUAAACCUGGUAGAGGAAUGCCUGAAGGCCCAUCUAUGGGGCGUCCUGGUCCACCAAUGCAUGGCCCUGGGCCAGGUCCCAGAAUGAUGCACCCUCAUCCAAGUCAUGGCCCUGAACCAUUACCRGCUGGACCCAUACAUGGGCCACCCCAUGGUGAUAUGGGACCUCCAAGGGGAAUGGCACCAAGGAUGGAGCCACCUAGAGGAAUGGAUUCCGAUCAAAGGUCUAUGCAUGAUAUGGGCAAUAGACCAAGAGAACAUCAUGGACCUCAAAAUGGCCCUCCUCCUAGAGGCAUGCCAAUGGAUGGACCAAGAGGCCCUCAAGGUCCUCAAUUUAGAGCACCACAUCCAGGAGGMCUAAAUAUGGGUGGUCCUCAACCUCAUGGGGGUAUGCCUGGAGCACACUUAAGAGGACCUGGACAAGGAUCACGGCCUAUGACACCUCAAACACAUCCCCAUCCAAGUAUGACUGGAAUGCGACCACCUCAUUCCUCUGCUAACAUGCCUCCACACAUGGGGCCAACGCCUGGUAUGACACCACUUGGAGCAGACACCCAAGCAAUGAUGGAGUCUAAUAGAAUCGUUGUYGGUGAYAGAGUGAUUGUUCCCAAUAUGGACCAGUCMAUGCAUGGACAUAUGUUUGGUGGUCAGCCUAAUGCUUCUUCWGGUGGUAACAUUGGUGCAGCGGCUGCAGCGGCAGCUGCCGUUGCUGCUGCAACACGACAGUAUCCUGGAUUCUCUCCAUUUGACUACUCUAUGUUUAACCCUAAUUGGCAGUUAUUUCAACAAAGGGAUCCUUAUGCYACKGCUGCAGCAUCUGCUUUUAAUAUGGAGACAGAGAGGCCAAGAACGGAYGCAGCACAUCGCAGUCGUAAAGGCAAGCGUCACCGUUAUACCGAUGAAGAAAGCAUUGGAAGUGACCUUAGUAGUAGGUCAAGGUCAUACUCACGCUCACCAUCAAGAUCGUAUUCCAGAUCACCAGCCAGAUCAUGGUCCAGAUCAAGAUCGCCAUCUUUAUCGCCUUCAAGUGUUAGGUCUUCUAGAUCAAGGUCAUUCUCCAAGUCAUUGUCAAGAUCUCCACCACGAUAUUCAAGACUUGGAAGAUCUCGGCAGGACAAAGAGGACAGAAAGGAUAGAGGAAGAGGAUUUGACAGAACUAGAGGUCGCCCAGUAAGAGACCAUGAAAGAGAUACACGCCCAAGAGAUGUAAGGCCAAGAGAAAGAGGGUCUCGGUUAGAAAGAGACAAACCCAGAGAAAAUCGAAAUAGUCAGCAUGACAGAGAACAAAGAGAAAAGGAACGGGAGAGGGAAAGAGAACGAGAAAGAGAAAGGGAUAAGCAGAGAGAUCACAGACGUGAAAGAGAAAGAGACAGCGAAAAGAACAGUAAGAACAGAGAAAGRGAACGUGAGAGAGGAAGAGAAGAUAGAGAUCAAGAUCGACCCAGAAGAAGUCGUGGUGAAUCCAAACACUCAGAAUCUGGCUCAUCCAAGAGAAUUGUAGUUGGUCCAUCAGAAGGAAAGUCCAAAAGCUCUUCUACUUCAGACUCCAAGUCCAGCAGAGUUGUAGUUAACAAGAGUUCAAGUAGCGGUAAACCAACUAACCGUGUUGUUAUUGGCUCCCUUCCYGACUUAAUAACACCAAGCAGACUGAAAGAACUUCUUGCUGGAAUUGGUCCUAUACAGCAACUGAAAAUGUCCACUACAAAGCAUAAGGCCUUGGUGACGUUUGAAAAGAAUGAGCAUGCUUUGGCCUGUCGCCGCAAAUUCCACAGAACUGUGGUUGAUGACUCUCAAGUCACAGUGGACUUCCUCUAAGAGUUCUCACCAUCGAUAAUGCCAGGUUUUCCAUCUAGUACCUAGUAUAUGUAUAUAUCUAUUUUAAUCAUAAAUUGAUCAUAAUCUCAUAGAACUACACGUAGAUAGCUCUCUCAAUGUUAGUUUUUAUAUUUUGUUUGCUUUGUGUGUGUGUUUUWGUAUCAUUGUGUUUGUACUUGUGUUGUYAUCUUCCAUAAAGGUAAGAGUCAAGUGACAGAGUGUAGAUACCAUAGAAAGAGAUAGUAAAAACUGCUUAGCAGAGACCUUAAAACUCUAAAAUAAUAGAUAAAAUCAAUUUUUUGUAAUUAAUGUUUUUUAUACGUAGCAUUCUAUGCUCUUUAGUUCAUAAAUUAUUAUCAAUAGUCAUAGAAUAUAGAAAAUAUUCGAUUUUUUAUUUAUUUUGUAUGACGAUUGUCCMUUCAGUGAUCAAACAAUACUUGUUCAAUAUCAUUUUAAUACAACACUAAAACAUUAGCGAUAUCUGGCCAUUUAGAAUUUUGAACGAUCCAGCAAAAUGAAAUUUCUGAAAAGUUAUUUUAAGACUUAUUGCUGAGAUGAGAUAAAACAGUUAAAUGUUGUAUCAGCCACUUCUUAUGGGUAUUUUCUGAAUUAGAUUCCAUGCAGUUAAUAUAUGGGACUGUUGCAAACUACUUAUCCAAUUUUGAGACUAAAGCAUACUUGGUCUUCCAGUUUUCAAUUUAUUGUUCUAUAUUGAAGCUUUCACAGAUUUUUGUUUAAAUAUAAAAUCUGCUUUGCUUUCUAGCUUCUUAGGUCUUCUUCAGCAAUGUAAUAUUUGUAUAUUUUGUGAUAUAGUUAUCCAUGAAAUGUCUGUAUU